AUGGUCGAGACACGAUCCAGAAAAAAGUGCGACGGUACUCCAGUGAACGAAAAUAGUGUAAAUAAUUUAACACCGGAAGUUACCGAAAUUCCCGAAAGCAUAAGUGAAGAAAGUGCGCGUUCAAACCCAAUAAUGGCUCUCUCAUUAGAAACCGCGGAAAGAAUGUUAAUUAAGUUUGAUGGUACUCGGUCCUUACUGUAUGAAUUUAUUGAUAAUUGUGAUACGGCCCUAGAAAGUAUAGAUAACAAUAAAAAAGAAAUUUUAUUCUCGAUAAUUAAAACUAAGUUAACAGGUAAAGCGAGAGAACUAACGCGAAGUAGGCAAUUCACAACUUGGAAUUCAUUAAAAGAUCAUUUAAUAGAAAUUUAUGCUGAUAGGAGAACGCAGGCGCAAUGGCAACUAGAAUUAAACUCUUGUAAACAAAGAUUCAAUGAGGACGUUUCGUUAUAUGCAAGUAGAGUAGAAAAUUGUUGCACUAAAUUGAUUAAUUCGCUUAGUACCACCCUUACAGCUGAUGCUCACAAGGCGUGCGUAGACCUUUUUAAAACUCAGGCAUUAAAUGUGUUCGUGGCCGGACUAAGCAAGGAUCUAGCAUUGUUAGUAAAGGCACAAAAACCAGAUAGUUUAGAAGACGCAAUUUCGAUAGCAAUUAAUGAAGAACAAGAAAUAAGAUCUAAAUUUGAAAUCCAAAAAUUUCGCUCUGGUUCACUUUCUGGUCAGUUUUGUAAUUUUUGCCGAAAAUCGGGACAUUCUAUAACUAAUUGUCGGAAUAAAUUUAAUAACCGUAACUUACACAAAAAACUUUUUAUUGGUAAUACAUUUUUGACAAUUUUCCAUAUCGAUGAAGAUAACUCUAACAAUUAUUCACAAGGUUUUAAAGAAAAUAGCUCUAGACAAGACAGUAGUAAAAAUUUUGAUCCUAAUUCAAACACGCAAGUCAAGUUUCAGUUAGCUCCACGAACGGAGACAAUUGUUAAAGUCAAAGCAAUUAAUAGUAAUAUCAAAGAAGGCAUUUGCCCAAAGUUACAAAUUUUAGAUGGUGUUCAUUUAUGUCCUAGCGCUGUUAAGGUAAACAGAGAUGGCGAAUUUAUAACUUCAAUAUUAAACAUUACAGAAAAAAUUAUCGAUGUAAAGAAUAUAGAAAUUGUAUUAGACCCAAUCCCAGUAGAAUCUUCAAACCUGAAUGUUUCCAAAAUACACUCAGAUCAAAAUUACAAAUCGCAAAGGCUUGAUAAAAUUACGAGUUUAUUGAGGACAGAUCAUUUGAAUCCAGAAGAAAAAGAGUCUUUAACAAAACUAUGUCUUGAAUAUAACCAGAUUUUUCACGUAGAAGGUGACGUUUUGACCUGUACAGAUUCUGUCGAGCAUACAAUACCGACUAAUUCUCAAAUACCCAUACAUACAGAUUUCCAGAAAUUCAUAAAAAUGAAGUAA